AUGGAUAGAAAAGACCAAGAUCUAACCUCGACUUACGGUCUACAGGCAAUAGCAACUGUUGUGUUUGAUAUUGAGUCAGGACAGAAGCUGGAUGCACUGUAUCCAUUGCCCUGUGACCUCUCGGAGGCUGCCAAGACGAGUUUGGCGCACUUGUCGCUGCCUCAUUGUAACAAUCAAGACGAAGGAGACACGCAGUUUACUGUGCGCUUUCGGAAUAAUACUGAAGACCAUGAGCUUCUUUUCGGAUUUGUGCUGUUUCGCCAGCAAAAGGACGAGUCUCGUACUCGCAGAUACUUUCAAAAGUCUCUUGUUCUAGUCAGUACCAAGCCUUAUGUGGACCUGUAUGAUCGCGCUUUGAGGGUGAUUGGUCCACUUUACUUCAAGGCUGGAUCGCAGGUUUUACCUGCUGUGUACAACAAUAUUAAGUCGUGGCCAAAUCUUGUGUACGAUUCACCCAUGGCGCUGCCACUGGCUGGCACUUACAUAUCGUGUAUCAUCCCAAAGCUACUGAAUUACAAAAACUUUGAUUUAGCUUACGAGCCGAACGCAGAAUCAUCUCUUCAUUGGCAUUUUAUUAUUGAAGAAAACGACGAUGCCACAGACGCUCCAAAUUUUGAUGAGAUAGAAGAAAAAGAAGAGAACUUUGAAGAAGCAGAGGAAGAUACCAAAGAGACGGUGCAGGUGAAAGGAGGCAAGUUUUUGGUGCCACGGAGGGAACACCCGCCGUCGCCAUCGUUUGGAGAUCUACUAUUAUUGAAGCGGACACAUCAAUUGACUCCAUUUGAGAAUAUCGGACUAUACUCAAGUUUUGCGGGUUUUGAAGAAUCACUGUGGCUUUUGUGGCAGCUUGCAAUUACUGGAGAGAGCGUUCUGAUUCUAUCUCCUCACGCCAAGACAUGCAGUCAAGCCGUGCUAGCGUUUACCAGCUUAAUUGCGCCACUUGAGUUCCAUGGUGACUACAGACCAUACUUCACAGUCUACGAAGCAGAUUUUAAUACGCUAUCAAGUAGGCAAAACAGAGGCAAUAGCAACUCAAAUAACGUAACUGUGAUUGGAACCACAAACCCUUUCUUCAUGAAGUCGCUGAGCCAUUGGCCAAACGCUUUAGUAUUUCCGUUCCUAGAGUCCCCAAAUGCGCAAGCACAACGAGAGAAAGGCUCCAGCAGGACUCAAGUUGCCUCAGAAGCAGAGAAAACUGGCACUAUUUGUAUUCGUAUUCAAAAGAGCGUAGAGCUGGAUGAUUUUGAAAACAGCUUUCGUCCCAUGCUUUUGAGGCGUUGCCCUCGUUAUAUGGUUCCAGACGCUGCAGUUCUUCGCCAACUUGUUUCUUCUAUGCCGGUCCAUAUCACUCAGACCACUAGCCAUGAUGAAGCGCCAUGCACUACAAUUAACAACGCCAUUCUUCGAAAUCACUUUCGAAAGCUUACAAAAGACUUUUUACAUCCGUUUAAACAGUAUUUUGGUAUUUGGAAAUCAAGUGAAAGGCGGUCAAAUUUGUACAUGAAUGCUGAGGACUACAUGAAGCCGUUCACACUGCCAGGACUACUCGCGAGCAUUAAGCCACGAAAGCUACCUCCUCAGAUCAAGCAAACUAAGUGGAAGGCUUUGUACACAGCUUUUGUGAAAUCCGCUCACUUCGAGCCGUGGUUUAAUUACCAGCGGCAGCGCUGCAUCUAUGACUUUGCAAAAGCACUUCGCACUCUUCGAAGCACAGUUGAUGCCAAGUUGCUACUGAGCUCUCCCUUUGGUGACAAUUUGUCACAGGAGCAAUACGCGAAGCUGAAAAAAGAAAUGGACGCUGCGCUCGCGAUGGAAAAGUCUCAAAGUCAAGUGGACAAGCAACAAGUUCGCAUUGUCAAGCGGCAUCUAAAAGCAGUAAAGAUGAAAUUGCGUUUUUUUGAGCAAACUCAAUAA